ACUGAAGUUUGUCGCCAUAUUGUUGGUAUUUGGAAUCAUAUAGCCAUAAUAAAGACAUACAGGAUAUUCCUGUGGUAUUUAUAAAGCAUGGAUGCAACAAGAAGAAAAGAGUGGGAGGAUUUAAAUGAAAGUGAAAGAAAUUGUCUAAUGUGGCCAGAUUUUCUUCAGUGGGGUGAACCAGAUAAAGUUAAAAUUUAUCUAGAUAAUGCUCAAACCAGUCUUGGCCUUGUGUCUGUUGCAGUUCAGGAUCCCAUGACCAGGGAGUGGUACCAUAUAUCAAAGCGAAUUAAAGAAAACCAGCCUGCUCAUGGUCUUGUUGAGCCUUACAAAUGGAUAACUAAAGUGAAUGGCAAGGAUGCAAAUCUCCCAACUGAGGAGUUCAGUAAACUCUUUAAAAAUGGGCAGCCAGGAAUUGUACAUUUGUCAAUGAAGAAAACUAUUGACCCAUUGACCAAAUUUGUAAAGAAAUGGCAAAAUGAAAGAACUAUAACUGGAAAUGGAAAAACUAUUAAGGAAGGAGUGACACUUGUACAUUUUUAUUCUAAGGAGAAUGAGGAAAUUAAGGACCAUAUAUUGGUAUGGGAAGUAAAACCUGAAACAGAAGUAUCUUUGUUCCGUGGUGAUGAAAUAUUAGCCGUCAAUGAUCAAUCUAUACAAGGGAAAAAAUUAGCAUUGAUCUACAAACUAAUAUCAUCAGAUCAGACUCCUGCAGAGGUGAAGUUGAAAAUUAGAGAAAUUGAGCGUGACAAUCCAAGUACUGAUGAAGGAGUGGAACAAACGAAUAUAAAAACUCAGCAGUCCAUUGACCCAUCAGUUAAUCCUGCAGUGUGUUUAGUUGUCACUAAAGAAAUGGACAUUAACGCUGGACGGGAAAUGCCAAGUGAAGUAUUUGAAAAUUCAUUUUCAAAUAUAAAGGAAAGCCAAACUGCAGACGCAGUGCCCGAAGGUUUCAAAACGCCGUCACAAGAAGAAAACAAGAAAAAAGGCAAAAUGUCAUCCCUCAGACGUCGGUUAUCAUCAUCAUCAUCAUCAGCCAGUCCUAAUAGUGAUACAGGAAAAAUGCUCGGGACCGAAAAUGAUCCCAAAAAUCAAAAAAUUCUCGAAGUCGAGAAUCCAGGCUACAAGAAUACACCACCGCAUACACCACCUGCCGGACGAAAAAGAGACAAAACGUGCAAUGCCUGUAGCUAUGUUAGUUUGCAACCAGAUGACCGGAAUAGUUGGCCAAUUUAUAAAAUGGAAAACGCCCAUUUUGAAAAAAUAUGCGUGCUUCUCGACUUACCUGAUCGAAGUAGAGAACCACUUUUGAGCGUAUUAGGAUGCUUCAGCGUUACUGAAGUCGCCGAAAUCAACCAGAGAUGUGGACCUACUGGAGUAGGAACGGCUAGGAUAGCGCUCAUUAGAUGGGGAAACUAUGAUCGCAAGAAUAACGUGGGCGCUUUGAAGAAAAUACUCAAUGAAAGAAUGAAAAGAAAUGAUGUUUUAGAUGUAAUUGAGGAAUGGGAAAAGCUACCAGUUUGUCACGGAUGUUGCAUAAGACUGACUGAGACGUGA